GUGCUGCUGCGCCUGCAGUCAGAAAUCAUGGCUAAGGAAGUAAGACACAUAUUUGGGAAUUGCACAUUUUUCCUCGGACUGUUACCUUUCCUCUGCGUUCUGUUUUGCGUCUUUACUGGUUUGUGGGCCAAUGAUGUGCUGGUUCCAGAGCAUGCGACCGCAGUGCUGGGGAAGAACGUCACUUUGACCUGUAGGGUGGAGGUGAGCACGAACCUCAGCCUGACCCAGAGUUCCUGGGAGCGCCGGCUGCCCUCUGGCACUGUCACUUUGGCCGUCUACAACCCCCAGUAUGGGACCUCCAUAGCUGAGGAGUACAGCAAACGAGUGCACUUCCUCAAUCCUUCAGUGCAUGAUGUAUCCAUUGUCCUGGAGGGUGUGGGUUUUGCAGACAUUGGGACCUACACUUGCAAGGUGGUUACCUUCCAACUUGGAAAUAUGCAGGCCUCCACAACUGUGGACAUUAUGGUGGAGCCAAAAGCCUAUGUGUCUCCCGGCUCUUUGACACUGAUGGAUGGAGAUGGUGAAACUCUGGUGGCCACAUGUACAGCUGAGAGGGGUCGCCCAGCAGCAGAGGUGUUCUGGGAAUCAGACCUGUUGGGUCACACAGAGGUCAUUACACAGAAGGAGUCUGAUGGCACCUCCACCACUUCAGUGCACUACGUGUGGGCCCCCACCCGUGACAAGUUUAACCACACCCUCAGCUGCAUUGUUCGUCAUCCGGCACUAUCCAUGGAAUUCCGCAUUCCCUAUCGGCUCAAUGUGCUUUUUGCUCCAGAUGUCAUGGUGGUGGGUCAGGAGGAGGUGUGGUAUGUGGGACAAGAAAAUGUAAAGCUGGACUGUAGAGCCAGCGCCAACCCACCUGCUAAUUUCUUCCUCUGGACCAGGCUGGGUGCACCAAUGCCUGCAGGUGUGGACACAUCUAAUGACAGCCUAGUGUUUACUCGUCCUGUAGAGCAGAGUGACUCUGGACAAUACAGGUGUGAAGUUCAGAACGAUAUUGGGCAGCGCUUUCAGGAUAUGAGCAUCUUGGUACUAGAGCCACCAUCUACCACUGCAGUCCCCACCACCACCAAGACCAUCCUGCCUGAAACCAGUGUAACCAUCACUGCUCCUAUCAAGCAUCAUGCUCACUUCACCUCCCCGACUCAGGCUCCUUUACCAGAUAGCAGCCUGGGAACCAUUGUAGGUGGCGCUGUUGGUGGGAUCUUGGUCCUGGUGUUGCUUAUGGCAUUGGUGGGAGUUUUCUACAUGCGUCAGAGGAGAACAUUUAGAGGAGACUACUACACCAAGCAAUACAUAGGCCCCUCUGACAUGCAGAAAGAGUCGCAACUGGACGUACUUGAACCCCAUGAGCUGCAGGACGUUUACGGUGACGACUCAGGCAAUGGCAGCCAGGACUUGAAGCCCAAACCCGAAGGAGACAUUAUCUAUCCCGAUUAUGCCAAUGACCAUAAAGACAUUGAGGGCUGGGGAGACAAUCUUAGCCUUCAGAGAGAAGGCACAUAUUAUUCUGACCAACACAACCAUCACAACGUAAACCCAAGCGGGCCUCCGCUAAACAAUGGCUCUCUUUACCUGCAGGACGACUGCUAUGACAACGGCACAGACAGCGAUUAUGUGUCCCAUGUAGAUGGAUCUGUGAUUUCACGCAGGGAAUGGUAUGUUUGAAAACAAAGCUGGGGAACAUUACUGGACAACAAUAAUUUAAAAAACAAUGGAGAAAGUAUUAUUUAACUCAGAAAAGUGUGAGAAAGUGUUAACAAAAAUGUAUCCUUCUAGCUCAGUUUUUGAUUUUAUCCUCACGUUUUGUACGUAGCGAACGGCUGUAAUUUACUGCAAAUCUGUUUAGAAUGGGUUUUCGUUCAGUGGACUGCUGUGAGACUUCAGGACGUAAAGGGAGAGGUUUACAUGGUUUAUGAUCACAGGGUGGACUUACACAAAGAAAACAAGUCUGCUAAAAUUAAGCUGCACUGUGUGCGUAACCAUUCCAGUUACCACAUUGCACAUGACUGUUAGCUUCAAAACCAGGUGCAGCAUUUAUUUGGUUCUUUCCUCUCUCUUUUUUUAAGAUUUAUAUGACUUCUCCGUUAAUAGGAGCAAAGUAUCACUUUAGUUUCAUAUUAAGAGUCACAUUUACUGAGUUUGAAAGUCUUUUGUUUUGACUGCAGGGAAACACACACACACACACACACACACACACACACACACACAUAUAUAUAUAUAUAUAUAUAUAUAAUAUGCGUAUAUACACGUUUAUAUGUACGAGUAAACAGUAAAAAUUAUUUUCUUAAUCAGAGUGUAUUAUUGUUUUACGGCUAAACAUCCUUAAAGCAAGAUAAAUUAUCUUGAGAAGCAAAAUUGUGUAAGAUAAGUUUAUUGUUGGUUCUCAAUUUGUAAUUUUUUGUUUUUGUUUUUGUGUUUUAUUAAAUUUUAUUGUUUAGUUUUAUUUUUUGUUUGUUUUGUUUUUGUGUUUUGUUAUGUUUUGUGUUUAGUUUUAUUUUUUAUUUUUUUUGUUUUAAGCCUAAAUCUAACCAAAUUUAGAAAAGUUUAUGUUUAAAACAAGAGAACUAUUUGCCAGUUGGGUAAGAAAAAUGCUUCACUCAAGAUAUAUUCUCUGAAAACUUAUUAUCAUACACAAAUGCUUCUCAAUUAAAUGUAUCUUGUUAAGACAAAUUAUGGCAAAUAAGUUAAACAUAUUGAUUAAGAAAAUGAUUUUUUUGCAGUGUAGAAAUAUUCUACAAGUUUCACUUAACACAUGCAUUUUAUUUUUAACCCAGCUGGUCUAUAUUUUGACAUAUUUCAACACACACCAUUCUUAUAGCAUAUCUCUUUUCAUAAAUGAACAAGUUAAUAAGCAAUCAGUGUAGUCCUGAAAGAACGGUUUAAUGUGGCUGUGCUGAAGACCUGUCAUAAGGGGCGAAUGGGGGUUGACGUUUGCUUAGACAGAUCAAAAGGACCACGGUCUGCCCCUGAGGUUGCACUGAAGCCUUGUGGCAUUUGCCAAUUUAGUGCACUCCUUUUAAUUUUGUGCUGAUUUCUUUUUUUCUCUCCCUUUCUCCACCCUUGCUACUCAUACACUCCCUGUGCGAGACAUCCAGAUUUCCUAGAAUAAACUGUCUGGCAGUACAUCUGUUGUAUGUGCUUCCUUUAGCAUGCUGCACCUCAAAGAUCGAACUUUGUAAUUAAUAUUUUCUGCCCUCCUCCAAACAGACCUUAUUUUAUUUGAUCUCAGAGUUGUGCUGAGCAUCUGUUUGCAAGCACGCAAGGUUGUUUUUCUUUCUAGAUCUCAAUGGUCAGGCUCUGCAUGCCUGUUGAAAAAGAUACGGCAGUUGCUAUUACUUUGAUUCAUUGUUCGUAAAUCCACAGCACUGUUUCUACAGCUGUGCUCCUGUCUAUAUUAAGUUUUCAGGACAUUUUUUUUUUUCAAAAUAUCGCUCUUCUUUUUUCUCUUCUUUAGAUUGUAUCACUAACAAUUAUCAUAAUUGUUAAAAAGGACAUAUCUGUAGCACGAGUUAGAGUUUAACUUUUCAAUCCAUUAUCAUUGCCUGUUUGUCUCAUUUAGUCCAGAAUGUGUUCAUGAAACACAAUAAAUCUGUUGUUUUCAGACAGUUCAGACUAUUGCAUGCAUAUCCAUGUAAUGAGUUGAUUAAGUUGCAGAAACUGGUGAAAACUGAGUGAAAGUUGACACAGUUUGGUUACAGUGUUUUUCUUUUUUUUUUUUAAUAAAGUAUAUAUUAACAAGCAUAGUGCCUUUGGCUGUACAAAUAUGCAUCAGAUUUUUGUCAAUAUUUAAUGAAGACACACUUUGUUCCCAAAGUGUUAUCUGUUUUUGCCAUUUAUUGUUUGUUGGAAUUUAUUUUUCUUAUUUUUUAUUUGCCUUUAAAGUUCAAAAGCACCUGAAAUGGUGAAAUCUUACUGAAAAUGUAUAACAGUAGCACUUUUAAGUGUUAGGUUGGACAGUUGCAGUACAUGUAUUAUAAUUGUUUUGUUUGUAAAUAUUCUGGUGGGAGAUAUUUGUCUAUGGAAUAAACAUAUUUUUAUAUGAGGCCAGACAACAUUGAGCGGAUAUUGUUCACACUUUGUUAAAAUGUGCUUUUUCCUCUCAUGUUCUUAUAUAUAUAUAUAUAGUUCUCAGGAGUUUGAAAGAUUAUUUUGUGCAUAUUAGAGGUAUACAAAUGAUUGAUGGCUUGAAUGAUUUUGAAAAUAAGGGACAGAGGUUGCUUUUUUAUAUGCCUUGUAGUUUAUAAUAAAAAAAAAUUCUUUGAACAUG